UUUCUCUGGUCUGUCUUUCUCUAUUUUGUGUCGCCAUUUAAUUUGUCUGAGAAGAAAACCUCUUAUUCAUUCUCUAAAUCCUUUCCGAAUUUCACUCCCUCAACAUCAUGAUUUAAUCCACUCAAUUUAUUCUUAUUUUCACUUUGGGCUUUCCGUAUCAGACUGAGACAUGUUCAAUAGUGCAGCGAAGUCCCAGUAUGUUGGUGGCCAGAAAGAAAAGUUUGUAAGGCUGGAUGAUUUGGAUUCUAGAUUAUCAUCACCUGCUUCUUCAGUUGGGAUGAACAAAUGCGGAUUUGAUGGGUUAACCCGUUCAAGACAUGCACCUACUGCCCCGACAAGAUCUUUCAAAAAUGGAAUAAAAAAAGGAUCAGAAGGACUAAAAUCAAUUGGUCGAUCACUUGGAUUUGGGGUUUCUCCGGCUGUGUUCCCUGAAGAUCUUAAAGUGUCAGAGAAAAAAAUCUUAGACCCUCAAGAUAAAUUCCUCUUAAUGUGGAAUAAAUUCUUUGUUGUCUCGUGUAUUCUGGCUGUAUCUAUUGAUCCACUGUUCUUCUAUCUUCCGGUAUUUGAUAAGACCAAAACUUGCCUUGGUAUAGAUCGAAAGCUAGCUAUUAUUGCUACAACAUUGAGGACUGUUGUUGAUGCUUUUUAUCUUAUUCACAUGGCUCUUGAGUUCAGAACUGCUUAUAUUGCUCCAUCAUCACGUGUUUUUGGACGGGGUGAACUUGUAAUUGAUCCAGGACAAAUAGCUAAACGAUAUAUGCGGUGGUAUUUCAUCAUUGAUUUCCUUUCUGUGCUGCCCUUGCCCCAGUUUGUUAUCUGGAGAUAUCUGCAGAGGUCUAAAGGUUCUGAUGUCCUAGCUACAAAAGAAGCCUUACGUUUUAUUGUGUUAAUUCAGUAUGUCCCAAGAUUUGCUCGAAUUGUCCCAUUAACUUCAGAACUGAAAAGGACCGCUGGUGUUCUUGCGGAAACUGCUUGGGCUGGGGCAGCUUAUUAUUUGUUGCUGUACAUGCUUGCUAGUCAUAUUGUUGGGGCUUUGUGGUAUUUGAUGUCCGUAGAGCGUAAUAAUACAUGCUGGAAGAAAGCUUGUAAAACAAGCAAACAUGAUACAGAUUUCUUGUAUUGUGGAAAUGAGUACAUGACUGGUUAUAAUAGCUGGAUUAGCAACAGUACCGCUAUUUUAAAGGAAGGUUGCUCUCCAGAGGGUGAUAACCCGCCAUUUGAUUUUGGGAUUUUCAACCAGGCUUUGUCAUCGGGCAUUGUUUUUUCUACAAAAUUUGUGCAAAAGUACUGCUACUGUUUGUGGUGGGGGCUGCAGAAUUUGAGUACUUUGGGACAGGGGCUUAAAACCAGCACUUAUCCUGGAGAGACUAUAUUUUCUAUUGCACUUGCCAUAUCCGGCCUCAUUCUAUUUGCUCUAUUGAUUGGCAACAUGCAGACAUAUCUUCAAUCUUUAACCAUUCGACUUGAAGAGAUGAGAGUUAAGAGGCGUGACUCAGAGCAAUGGAUGCAUCAUCGGUUACUUCCGGAGGAUCUUCAGGAGCGUGUUAGACGUUAUGAUCAAUACAAGUGGUUAGAAACUCGUGGUGUUGAUGAAGAGAAUUUGGUUCAAACUCUGCCAAAGGAUCUCAGGAGGGACAUCAAGCGUCAUCUUUGUCUUGCUUUGGUCAAAAGGGUUCCUCUAUUUGAGAACUUGGACGAGAGGCUGCUGGACGCCAUUUGCGAACGGCUAAAACCUUGUUUAUAUACUGAUAGUAGCUACAUCGUCCGUGAAGGAGAUCCAGUUGAUGAAAUGCUUUUCAUCAUACGUGGCCGUCUAGAGAGUAUUACCACUGAUGGUGGCAGAAGUGGGUUCUUCAACCGUAGUUUGUUGAAAGAAGGAGACUUCUGUGGUGAGGAGCUUCUGACCUGGGCACUGGACCCUAAAUCUGGUGCUAAUCUUCCGUCUUCCACAAGAACAGUGAAGGCCUUGAGAGAGGUUGAAGCUUUUGCCCUACCAGCCGAUGAGCUGAAAUUUGUUGCCACCCAGUUUCGACGACUACACAGCCGACAGGUUCAACACACUUUUAGGUUCUACUCCCAGCAGUGGCGGACAUGGGCUGCUUGUUUCAUUCAGGCGGCCUGGCGGAGAUACUCGAAGAGGAAGAUAUUGGAGCAGCGACGGAAAGAGGAAGAAGAAGAAGAGGAGGCAGCACAAGCAGCACGUAACAGUACAGCUAGUAGCGGAACCUCUUACAGCCUUGGGGCUACCUUCUUGGCUUCAAAGUUUGCAGCUAAUGCUCUUCGUGGGGUCCAACGUAAUCGAAACUUGAGGACUGCUAGGGAAUUGGUGAAACUGCAAAAGCCUCCGGAGCCUGAUUUUACUGCUGAUACUGAUUAGUUUUGUGUAUUUGUUUCUACUUAUAAAAUGUCAAAACUUAGGUGUUAAUACUUUAUACUAAAUUUGAUUGGUGAGAAGGCUUGGAAAGUGUAGUGUUGCUGUAAAAAGGUUGUAAUUGUGAUGAUGGAUAACAAAAUUAUGUAAUUUUGUAUCAUAGAUACUAUAUGCCAAUUCUUUUUCAGAGACUCA